GGGCGGGCGCGGGCGGAGCCUGCGCACUGCGCCGCGCGCGCCGCGGCCCGCCCGGCACUCCCGCGGCCCGGCGCUGAAGAUGGCGGAGGGCGGCGCGGCGCCCCCGUCCUGCGCUUCGUCCUCCUCCUCCUCCUUGAAGGGGCUGCGGGAGCAGAUGGUUGCUGCAGCCCAAGCCAUAGCAGAAGAAAGAAGAAGCCAAAGUGGCAUUAACCCUCUUGCAGUCCAGACCUCAAUAAAGACAGCAACUAAACCAGUGAUAGAUGGUUCUAUGCUAAGAACAGAAGAAAAGCAAAGGCUGGCCCGGGAGCGUAGAGAAGAGCGGGAAAAGCAACAUGCUGCCAAAGAGAUACAAAUCCUUGAAAAAGAGAGAAAAGCAAAACUCCAGUAUGAAAAACAGUUAGAAGAAAGGCAGAGAAAGCUAAAAGAAAUGAAGCAAAAAGAGGAACAACGGAGGGCAGCAGUAGAAGAAAAGAGGAAACAAAAAAUAGAGGAGGAAAAGGAGCGCUAUGAAGCAGUUCUGCAUCGCACCUUGGAGCGGAAUCAGCGGCUGGAAACACGACAGAAGAGAUGGUCAUGGGGGGGGUCUGUAACUCCAGACUCAGAAGGCAAAACAGAACAACAGAGCACAGAUGAAGGUGGAACUGGUGCCAGCAAGCGCUCGCCCUCCACAGCCAACCUCAAACAGGCAGAGGCUGCCGUGAGCAAAUGCCUGUCGUCGUCUGCAGCUCCUUUAAAUGCCUCAGAUCGAAGUACCACAAAGAGAAGUGCAUCAUUAAACAGACUGAAUAACAAAGUCCCUCCACAUUCCCAGCAGUCAGCACCCAAAGGUUCGCAGGUGGAACAGAAAGGAGGAGCAGAAAAGAAGAGGAGCACAUCUCUGAGUAGAAUGAGUAGUAAACCCCAAUCCUCUCCAGAACUAGAAAAAGUGAAAAAGGAAGAAAAACCAGCUCGCCGCUCCCAGAUCAGUCCCCUGGACAGUAGCAUAAUCAGCCGCCUCCUCGCCCCCACACAGGCCUCCCUAGCUAGGAGUAAAAGUGCUGCUACCUUGUCGGCUGAUGGACAGGACCCCUCAGAAUCUCACCUCUGUCCUCGUUCAGCUUCAGCCAGUUCCAUCAAUUCCCCAGUCCCAGCUCCUAAAGUGCCGGUGCGCAGCCGUAGCAUCGACAGAUUGAAGUCCUCUGUGUCUUCAUCUGAUGCAAGUUCACCUGAUUCAACCCAGAAAUCAGAGACAGAAAAACCAUCCCCAGGUUCUGGUUUGAGGCGCCCACCCUCACCAUCCUUGUCUGCCCGUAGAAGAUCCCCCUCUCCUGCUAAUUUGGUGAAGCGUCCUCCGUCCCCUUCUGCAGUCAGACAGAAGACUCGCCCACCUUCACCUGGUGUGUCGAAACAAAGGCCACCAUCUCCUACUCCAGUCUCUAAAUCAGCACCCAUCCAGCGUCCAUCUCUCACACCAGGUGUUAUAAACAUUACCAAAAAGAAAACUGAAGCAGAGAGCAAACCAAAGGAUAAGAGCACAGAAGGAGUAGGACAAGAGCAAGGUGCUUCCCCAGCCUCGGAGAAGGAUGCAGGAGCAGCUAGCACAAAGACCAAAGAAGAAUCAGGUAGCAAAACAGUAGCAGGGACCACCACAGCUGAAGAAGCUGCUAAAAUCUUGACAGAGAAGCGACGUCUGGCACGGGAGCAAAGAGAGCGUGAAGACCAAGAAAGAAUUCAGAGACAAGAAGAAGAAAGAAUCAGAGAAGAAGAAAUGGCCAGGAGAGCAACAGAGGAAAAAGCACGACAGGAGGAGGAGCUCCAGAAGCAGGAGGAGGAAAAGAGACUGACUUAUGAAGAACAGCAAAGACAAGCUGAAGAGGAGAGGACCCGCCGGGAGCAGGAAGAGCAGGAAAAACUCGCAGAGCUUCAGCAGCAGAGAGAAGAAGCUGAAGCAAAAGCUCAAGAGGAGGCUGAAAGACAGCGACUGGAGAGAGAGAGGAUUAUGCAGCAAAAUAUGCAAGAAAGGCUUGAAAGAAAAAAGAGAAUUGAAGAAAUAAUGAAAAGAACACGAAAAUCGGAUCAAAACGAAUCCAAGUUGCAGAAUGAAGGGAAGUCUGCCUCGGAGGUGAUGGAGGGAGAGGAUAUUGAGGAGGAGGAAGAUUUGGGUCUUGAGAAGACUGAUCAACCAGGAAAGCUAAAUGGUGUUGACUUGCUCCAGGAAGCCAAGGGGGAGGCAGAGGAUUGUUUAGAGACUGCACAAAGCAUGAUCUCCGCAGAAUUUGAGGCACAAGAUGAGUCAGAGUUGAAGGCCAGUGAAGUGUUCAUGAAUGGAAGUGACUUGAAAAGUGACGAGGGGACUCUAUCUGUUACUGAAGUGAAGGAUUCCAGCCAUCCUGAAAAAGAAAUGGUUAUUGAUGACUCGGGGAAGUUGGGUGUUCAUGAAGCUGAUCAUGCAAUUGGACUUAUUCAGAAUCUUAAUGGAAAAUCUGGUUCAUGGACUUUUGAGGAGUUUAUUGACGUUGGAGUACAUUCCAAGUCAACCAAACUGAGCUCGGACAGCAUCUCUGCUGGUAACUGUAAUCAAAACUUGAAUGAUGCUGCUACAGUACCUUCUAGUCCCAAUUUGGCUUUUGAGGAAGAUGGUGCAGUGAAUUCAUUGACCAAACCUAUAGAUGCUUCAUCAGGUAAUCCAAGCUGACUUCCCUGUCUGUCUCUUCCCCUGGCUAGGGAAUUCACUUACUUGCAUUUUGCUCUCCUUGCCUUAACUACAGCUUCUUAUUUUCAAGGCACUUUUUCCAAUGUGUAGACUGGAGGGGAAGGCUCUUUCUUUAGUGCUUUUAACUUGAAUUCUGUCAAAAGGAGUCACUCACCAACUGAUGCCUUAAAGUUUGGCUAAAGCCCAACAGGAUGGCUCUUCCAAAGACACAGCUGAGCCCUUAUGAAGUUCCAAACAGCAUUGAAGCUCCUACAUUGUAAUUUAAGGUUUUUCUAAGAUACGUUAAAUGACACAUGUUACUUUUGAAGAUACAAAAAGGUUUAAAAGGUGUCUGAUGUAACUCUACACACAAGACCUUUCCACUCCUAGGCAUGUUCUGGUUUUGGUGCUGACCUGCGUGGUCUUACAAGGUCUCUUCAGACUCUUAGCAGUGUAUUAGCUGUCCUCUCUACUUACUAUAGAACAGUCUUUCACUUCACUGAGGCAAGUUAUGCCAACCUGAAAUUCCACAGAUGGUUGUGUUACCUUUUGGGAGGAGUAAUAAAGCUGUACACACACAAAAUAUUCUGAAUCUUCUGAAAGAGGCAGGACUGCAUCUCAAGCCCUGAUGCAGUACAGUGCAUAAUGUGUCAGAGAAGCUUCAAGAAGCCAGUUUAUGUAAGACGGGACUUCUCUGGUGUGGGAGCCAAACCCCAAAGGGCUGUUUUCACAGGAGAUCUCUUUUCACGGGAUAAAUGACUGUGUGAUCAGUUGAAGUGACUGCUAGGGGAUAAACAAGACUUGCUGUCCAAUUUCCUUCCAGUGAUGUGUAGCACUUUCUUUGAUUAAAGUGUAGCUCUUUUCUAGACUGAACUGUUUCCCGAGUCUCCUCUGUCACUCUGCGUCUUGCAAAUUUUAAUUUCAUGGGCACACCCUGAUGGAGGCUUCCCUUGAGGCCACAACAGACUGGGCCAUGGGAAUAGACAAUUUAUUGUGGUUCUGCUGAUCACUGUUCUGUGUGAUCAGACUCAUUAACUUUGUAGUGAAGGAAGUGUGGCCUUUUAAUUUAGAAUUUGAAAAUUUUUAGACAUAAUACAGUUUAAGAAUUCAACACAUAACUUUGAAAACUAAUAUUCCUGUAAAAAGAAAAAAAAACUACUGUGCUGGUUUUGGACUGUAAGUGACCAAGUGGUUCUGUGCUCACUCCUGGAUGUAGACUGACAGUGAUGAUGGAUGCAUGUGGCAUACACAUGGUUAUGAUAGUUAAAUGUCUUCUUCUCUUUGCUCUUU